AUGCCUACUUCGGGUGUGUGUAUGAGCAUCAUCAAUGCACGCCACAAGAAAAAUGGCUAUGGGUCCACCGACAACCCUGAGAGAUUCCUCACCCAAGACUUCCAGCAGCUGAAACAGUAUUGUGCCGGCCGACGGGUAAGGUUCAUCGAUGAUAUGUUCCCUCCUGACAGAAGGUCCAUCGGCAAGGAAUUAAUGAACCCUUCUGACAUGGCUCGAGUGGUGUGGCUGAGACCAGCGAAAAUUUCUCCCAAUCCAUCUCUUAUUGUUGAUGGGGUCUCGAGGUUUGACUUUGGUCAAGGCAUUGUUGGAAACUGCUGGUUUCUCGCAUCUAUUGGAGCUCUGACAUUCCAGAAGCACAUCCUUGCGCAAGUUGUUCCUCUUGACCAAAAAUUUGAUGAGGAAUACUGUGGAAUCUUCCACUUCAGGUUCUGGAGAUUUGGAAGGUGGGUGGAUGUUGUCAUUGAUGAUAAGCUACCAACAAUCGAUGGCAGACUAAUCUUCGUUCACUCCAAAGACCCAAAUGAAUUCUGGCCUGCUUUGCUGGAGAAAGCCUAUGCCAAGGUGUGUGGUUCCUAUUCAGACAUGAAUGCUGGAACACCUGCUGAGGCUUUGGUGGACUUCACUGGUGGCGUUCACAUAUGUAUCGAGCUGUCAAAACCCCCUCCAAACCUGUGGGAGCUGAUGUACAGAGCGGCCAAAUCCAAGUCACUGAUGGGUUGUGGCACACCUCAGGGGGAGACAUCUGCCAACACUGUAUUACCAAAUGGAUUGGUCCAGGGCCAUGCCUACGCUGUCACAGGUGUCAAACAGCUGAAUAGCAGAGGGCAAGUCGUAAACCUGGUGCGUUUGUGGAACCCCUGGGGCCAAGGCGAGUGGAAAGGAGACUGGAGUGAUCAGUCACCUUUGUGGAAAACUGUGAGUCCUGAAGAUAGUCAGAUCGUAGUAGGUGAUGACGGGGAGUUUUGGAUGACCAUGGAAGACUUCUGUAGAUUCUACUCUGAUCUUGACAUCUGCUGUCUCUGUCCCGACUUCCUUGAUGGGAGCACCUCCUGCCAUUGGAAGACCUCCUCCUACGAUGGCAGAUGGGUUGCAGGAACCACUGCUGGAGGAUGCAUGAACAACUUUGACAGCUUCUGGACUAAUCCCCAGUAUCGAGUCAACAUUGAUCAAAUGCUAAAUGAAUGUGCUAGCCAACAGGGCGAAAAAAACAUGCUGGUGUCUCUCAUGCAAAAGCCAGACAAAAGAAACAGACGCCUGGUACAGAAUCUCCACAUUGGAUUCUCUGUAUUUGAGGUAAAUAUGACUUUCAUUGCACAGAAGGGGAAGUUCCCAGCCUCUUUCUUUGCCAGAAACCCACCUGUUGCCCAAAGUAAAACGUACAUGAAUGCACGUGAGGUGAUGGAGUUCUUCACUCUGAAACCUGGUGAAUACUUGAUUGUGCCAUCCACCUUCAACGUCAAUGAGACAGCUUCCUUCAUCUUGACCAUCCUCUCCAAGUCUGAGACCCAUGUCCAUGAGAACUCUGGAAGCCAUGACCAUAACCAUGAUGAAAUGGAAACACAGUUCUCACCAAUUGACACUGGAGCGGAUGAUGACCAUAAGAGAGAGUUUUUCAGUCAAUACGCUGACAAGUAUGAGGAAGUGGAUGCUGAGCAGCUCCAGAAGAUUCUGAAUGACAAAAUCCUUCAAGGAGACUUGAAAUCUGGAGGCUUCACCGUUGAUGCCUGUCGCAGCAUGGUUGCUCUGUUGGAUUCAUCAAUCACUGGCAAGCUGAACGGUGACGAAUUUGUUCGUCUGUGGAAAAGGAUUGUCAAAUACAAGGAAAUUUUCUUCCUCACUGAUGUUUCGAAAACAGGGACACUGUCACUGACUGAGCUGAGGAAUGCAUUCAUGGCAACAGGAAAGAGGGCCAGCGAUGAUGUGCUGGAUUUGUUGGCUCUGCGGUAUGGUGCCUCCUCUGGACACAUAACACUGGAGAACUUCAUCAGUCUGAUCCUUCGCUUUGACUGCAUGGGCAGAGUGUUCAAGCAGUUGUCCGAUGGAAUGACUUUGACUCUUCGUGAAUCAGAGUGGAUGUACAUUUCAAUGUACACCUGA